UCUGUCGCGUCACGAACGCCGUCCGAGUCGUUGGUAAUAGGUAUACUGCUAAGAGCCGGGAGGGCAACUAAUUUAACGUCUAAUUGUUACGAACGUGUGCACGCGAGGUUGGUGAGAGAUGGUAGCCGUUGGUCUGUGGUUUGAUCGAGUGUGCUUGAAUCAAGGACUGGAGGUGAAUUUGUAGACGAAGCUUUUUCGUGCUCGUUGGUGCGCGGCUGGCGUUUGUUUGCGAAAAAGGAAUAGAAGAGUCCUCGUAAUGAGCACAGGUGGUCCGUGAUCUUUGCAGAAACGAAAGAGGAAGAACCAGACCACGUUGGCCCCAUGAUCGCCUGAAGUCACGGCCCGAUGGUCAGAAUGAGGGUGGCCGCCAAUCGCUCCUCGCCACCACCACCACGGGCAUCGGGUCGCCUGCUGGUGUCGCUGCUACUGCUGUUGGUUCGCGCCAGCUCCAGCCUCGACAUACGAUCAUGCACUGGAGCUCUGGGCAUGGAAUCGGGGGCCAUACCCGAUGCAGCUCUAAACGCUACGUCCUCGUACGUGACGAAUGUCGGUGCGCGCUACGCACGGUUGCGGAAGGAGACGGCGGGAGGAGCUUGGUGCCCAAAGAACCAAAUCGAAAGCGGAGUGCGAGAGUGGCUGCAGAUCGAUCUGAGUGGGGUCCACGUGGUCACGUCCAUCGAGACCCAAGGACGCUUCGGUAACGGGCACGGCGUCGAGUACACCGAGGAGUACACCAUCGAGUACUGGAGGCCGGGGCUCGCCGAGUGGCGCCAGUACAGACUCUGGAACGGCCAACAGGUGAUGUCGGGCAAUGUCGACACAUCAACCAUAGUAUCGCGUGAGCUGAUCCCGCCGAUCUUCGCAAGCCAGCUACGCAUCCUGCCGUACUCGGUACACCGGCGCACCGUCUGCCUCCGCGUCGAGCUCAAAGGCUGCCAGGACCUCAGUGGAGUCGUGAGCUACGCAAUACCAGAGCCGCCGAUCGAGGAGAUGAGCGACACGUCGUACGACGGCACGCGAGGGUUCGGGGUCCUCUCGGGUGGCCUGGGCCGGCUGGUCGACGGAGAGACCGGAGCCGAUAAUUACAAGCAAGAGAUCGGCCCUGGCAGAGGGACUGGCUGGGUUGCCUGGAUGCGUGACAAAAUCACCGACGACUACGUUGACAUGGACUUUAAUUUCGACAAUCUCCGGAUUUUCAAUGCUGUCCACGUGUUCACCAACAACUACUUCAAGAGGGAUGUUCAGGUUUUCGAGCGAGCGGAAAUCUGGUUCAACGAGAGUGAUAAUAACGGCAGCAGCAACAACGACGAAGCGCAGGAGCCGGUCACCUACACGUACAUACCGGACACGAAUCUGGAGAACGCUCGCAACGUGUCCAUCGGUCUGCAUGGCAGGCGAGGCAAGUCCCUGAGGUUCCGGCUGUACUUUGCCGCCCGCUGGAUAAUGAUAUCCGAGAUCACCUUCGACUCGUGGAACCCAUACGCGAACGUCAGUAGCAGCGAGGACGAGACCGCGUCCAAAAUCAGCAACGAGAACGGCUCGGCCAGUGCAGCCCCGAACGGCUCGGCCAGUGCAGCCCCGGUCAACCACGACGCGGAUCUCAACUUACAAACGAUAACAGCGAGGGAAGAGGGCCAGGAGUACGUGGAGGUCCUCAUUGGGGUUCUGACCGCGAUAACUCUGCUCCUGCUGCUCGUCUUUUUCAUCAUCCUGUUUCUCAGCAGGCGGCAAAAGUUGCAGAGCUCGCCCACCGUUCUGAAAAACCCUUUUGGCUUCGCCAUCAACAUGAAGGGUUUCCUGCUGAAUUUGGCGCCAGGGCGGAUGCUGAGCGCCAGCGGACGCGAGACCCCGAACGACGAGGACGACGCCUGCAGCAGCGACGCCGGUGCCACAGCCGCAGUCGCUGCCGUCGAGGAGGACGAGUUCGAGAUCGACACCGAAAUGCUGCCCGAGGACGUGUCGAGCUUGCACGAGUCCCUUACCAUGGAGCAGUUCAACUCGCCGCUCGUCGAGUCCUCGCAGUACAAGUCGACAUAUGCCAUCGUUGCCAACACGGACACACCGUGCCGGGAGCUGCACCAACAGCGCAGGGACGAGCCAUUGCGGUCCUCGAAGAGCUUCGAAAGGGGCUACAACGGGAGCGGUUCCAGCACGAUGGCUCGCAGCAACAACAGCCAUCAUCAUCAGCAGCAACAUCACCACCAACAGCAGCAGGACUGCCGGUCCGAGUGUGGGCUAGGACCGUCGAGUAGUCGCUCGUGCUCGCCGGCGCCGUCGUCCUCGCACUGCUCGCCCUCGGGCUUGCGGCACCACGCCCGGGAGUACUAUCGCACUCUGCAGACUGGCUCGGGGCAUUCCAGGCUCAGUGUGCACUCUGGUGGUACGCCCGUUCAUCAGCGGAGCAACGCCGCUUCUGCUGUUGUCGAACAGCUCGAGCACUUCGGCACGCCUGGAAAACGAUGGCACACCGCGCCCAAGGACAAACACAAGGUACCGGCACCGGUAGUCAGAUGGAACAUAGCGCCGAGCCAGGGCAAGCCUUACAAAUGCAAGGAGAUAGAGCCCGCCAACAUACCCGGCCAAUGUCUGCACACAAUGGAGAAACUUGGUUCCGGUCAUAUAGGCGAGGCGGUGGUCUGCGCGAUUCUGGGCCUGUCGGACCUCCCACUGGGCCCUAAAUCCGUUUCUUCGACGAGCGAGCCCCUUCGCCUCGCCGUGGCCAGGAUACCCAGCACCGCGAGCGAGACGGCCCCACCCGAGUCAUCCCCAUCGCCGACGUCGUCGAGCAUCCGCGAGCUCCGGAUGCUGUCCAGUCUGGCCGACCCGAACCUCGCCCGCAUCCUCGGCGUCCUAUGGCCCGACUCCGGCGAGCCAACCCGGCCCUGGACGAUCAUCGAGUACACCGAGCUCGGCGACUUGGCCCACUACCUCCAGUACAGCGAGCCCCUCGUCGGCACCCAGAGACCCACCUGCAGCCUGAAUUUCAUCAGUCAGAACUGCCUGCUGUACAUGGGGGCGCAGAUAGCGUCGGCGAUGCGUUACCUCGAGUCGAAAAAUCUCGCCCACAAGGACCUGGCGGCGAGAAAUUGUCUCCUGGGCAGAUGCUACACGGUCAAAGUGACGGACAUAGCCAUGUGCAGCGAUCUGUACAAGAAGGAUUACGCGGACAUCGGUGGCAAAGUGCCUGUGCCCAUCAGGUGGCUACCCUGGGAGAGUAUACUGCUGGAUAGAUACACGUGCUCGAGUACCGUGUGGUCUUUCGCAGUGACACUUUGGGAAGUGAUGAGCUUCGCCCGGGAAAAACCAUUCCAGCAAUUGACGAACGAACUAGUCAUCCAGAACGCAGAACUCAUGUACUACGGAAGUGAAUUACAAGUACUACUGCCGAAACCAAUGAUGUGCCCGGAAAGCGUCUACAAAGUCAUGUGCUCGUGCUGGAAAAGGGAGGAGUCGAGCAGGCCGAGCUUCAAGGAGAUUUACACGUUUCUCAAGAGUAUCACCGUGGAUUAUCGGCCGGGAGCAUGAUCGUGUACAUUGAUGACUGUGAUAUAGAAAACAACAACAAGUGUAGGAAAGAUAUGUACGGCGACUUGACGAUUCGGAGCGAAUUUUAUCAUUGAUGCCGUUUAUUGUUCAGGAUAGACAAAGACGACGUAAUAAAAACACUGCCUCGUGGGUAAUCAUCCUGCAACCGUACAAUCGCGCGAAAAGUUAUUUUAAAUGACGGCAGACACGUAGGUUGUUGGGGGUCUUGUGGUGGUCCGAGAGGAGACUGGGCUGUGCGAAAUUCUGACUAUUAUUGUUUGAUUUCGUUAUGUGUAUAUCGGUACGACUGACGCGAUUUACUUUGUUCUGGCUUGUUUGUUGUUAGUUUUACCGAUUUUUAUCGCACUUUUGGUGAAAAUGCGUAUUUUAUUUUAUUUAUGGCCGCACGGAAAGAAAUGUAGUAUUAAAAUUAUUGGUAAAUUGAUGAAAUGACAAAAAACGUGUAUUUUCAUGAACUAGGGAGUAGAAUUUAUCAUAGGGGAGCUAACAGAGCGGGGUGUAACUAGCUUAUGGAUCACGAGAUUUCUCGAGGGCGAGGAAAUUUUGUAAUCAACGUGACUGUUGACUGCGAAAGAUAUCAGUAUAAAGUGUACAGUAUGUUAGUAUUAAUAAGUUCAUGUGUAUACCAAAAUGCUUCUGCAGAUGAGAGUACGGGAUAAUUUGUAAAUAGUAGUCAAAAAAUUAUGAUUUAUCUUUAAAACGAUUCAAUUGUUUGAACAAAAUUUAGUUGUUUGUGAAAUAUAGUGGACAAUUCGUUAGGAACCGAUCGAACUGGUCAUUUAAUUGCAUUUCAAUCAUGUUAUUUCUUAUGUAAUCAUAACGAAAUGAUUGUAACAAAAAAUGGCAUUAUGUAUUGCUUCCGUAAAGCAAAAAAAAUGUAAUAUUGAUUAAA